AUGGAGCAGUCACUAUCUCUCAUCUCUGCCCAGGUCCAGUUCAUGGAAGACCGACUGGCCCUGGUGCACAUCCCGCUGGACCUCUACCCAUUCUUCUUGAACCCUAUCCUGCAGCUUCUCUUCCACGAGGUGUCUCCCAUCUCCGAGAAUCAGAUGGAAGAGGACGAUGGGUAUCCCGAGCGCCCCAGGCGCCAUCAACCGGCCUUUCUGAACUUCUCACUCACCCCGGUGGAAUGUUCGAUCAUGUGCCCCAGGCAGCUCGCUAAUGAGUAUUUUGCCCCUCUGGUCGACAAGUUCGUUCAGAGCAAUUCGUCCGGCCAGAGCCGUCUGUCCAUUAGCAAUGACGACUUCAUCGCUAUGCAGGUAUACGGGGAGGGCCUCGAGGCGGGCCAGCGGGUGCUUGAGCUCACGAGCCCGCUGGCAAUGGCAGGAAUCUCCAUCUUCUUCAUCUCCACAUACUUUUCCGACUACAUCAUCGUGCCCCUCCGGAGCAAGACACAGGUGAUUGAGGCUUUGGAGAAACGUGGCUUUCAGUUUGAAAUGACAACGGAGGCUUUCAUCAACAACAACAACCAAUCCCAAUACAAUAGCUGCUUUAGCCCCAUGUCUUCUCGGUCGGCGAGCAGUCUGGGUUCGCCUCCUGCGACCCCGCCGCCCUCGUCAUUGGACGAACUACAGGCGCGCACAUUUCGCUCCCUGCGCAAGCAUCACAUUGUCCCAUCUGUCGACAGAUCUCUGCGUCUAGUCCAGUGCGCCGCGCAUCACCGCUAUAGCAGCGAUACUAGCUCCAUCUCCAUCCUCCGAGAUGCCCUCACCACUGCCCUGGUCGUCGACCAGCCACGCUUUCUCUCUCUCACUCUGACCGCUGCUGAUCCAGCGGCAUCCCUGUUGUUGGAGAAACGGCUCCUGCCACGAUUCUCGAGCGAUCCAUCUGCGACCACGGACUCGGAUGAUGAUAUGAGUCUUCUCCUGGGCUCGAAGGAGGAAAUCCUUGUUCCCAUCAUGCUUGACUUGCGUAAGCUUCCUCUCGAGGCCUCGGGAAUAGUGUGCGGCGUUGCUGGAAGACUGGCCGAUGCAACGCACGCCCGAGGGGAUGAGGACACUGACAUAUCCACCAUUCUUUCCCACUCGUGGAACGGUGGUGGCUCCUCUUUCGACAGCGCAAUCAAGAAUUUCCUCUCAUCCAGCCACGGAUCCGGCGGCCCUGUGAGGCCCUUCGGUACCAGUCCUGGCUACAAGACUCAUCGCCUAGAGCCAGACAUGGAUCCUUACAUGGACGCCGUGGAGAUCAGCUUCCUCAGCACCGCGAGGGCGGGAACGAUCAUUGUGGGUGAGCAUGAGCUCCAUCGUGCCGUCGACGCGCUUGAGGCCGAAAGCCACGAACCCGAAAAGGCAAUCGCGGCGCUCCGUAUCUAA